AUGAAAAUUUGCAGGAUCCCAGAGUGGUUACAAAGGACCUGGAGACGCCUUCAUAAUACUGGGUAUGUAGAAUCGACUUUAACUUAAAUAUCCAUCUCUCUGUGUCUAGAAAAAACAAAUUAUCAAGCUGUUAUUGAGAAUUUCCCCGUAGAAUUAAAAAUGGUUAUGUUAUGUCUUGCUUUGGGAAAUGUGUUUGCUAAAAAGUGAUUGCAACCAGCAAAAAUGGGAUUUGCUGCUGUUUUUGAGGCAAUGGAGGCAAGUUUUAAUGUAUUGCUUCAGAGAAAUACCAUGUGAAUGUAUGUACUAUAUGACCCUGGGUGGGUGAGUUGCUCAGAAAAGUCUCAGAACAAACACAGUAUUGGGGGAGGGGAGUAUUUGAUUACUAUGGGGUGAUAGUGCACAGUACUGGCAUACAAUAUUAAUUAGUACAUGUCAGUAUUUCACAGUUGAUAAAAUGCAGUAAUAUUCUGCAUUCAAUGCAGAAUGUUAUUCAGUGGCUGGCACUCGUGCAACAGAAUUUGGCAAAUAAUAAUUUGUUAGAUUUCAUAUCUGACACCACCCGGAACAAUGAAAGCAUAUCAGUCUAAAGCUGUCAGAUUUAGAGGUAAAACUUCACAUUCAAAAUUUGAAUGUUGAUUUUGAAUUUCAUGUUCAAAACUUGAGUGGUGAAAUUGGAAAUUUGGCAAAUCUGAAGUAUUAGCAUUCUCCCUUUUUUGCGUUUUAAUCUUUAUUGGUUUUUAAAAGACAUCACAGUAAUCUUUCUCCAUCAGAAAUAUACACAAAAGAAAUACUGAAGUGUUGGAAAUAAAGUAAAGUUGUAUAAUGAAAUUUUGAUUUCAGAUGUUUACAGUGAUCUUUUGGGUAUUGUCUAUAUUUAUCCCACUCUCUGUUAAAUUUUUGGUCGUCAUGGUUCCUGAUUUUCCCUGUUAUUCUUGCCAUCUCAGCGUACUGAAAUAAUUUCGUCUGCCAUUCCAUUUUGUUGGUAUAUUAUCUCCUUUCCGGCAUUGGGCUAAGCAUUCUCAUGGCCAUGGUUACGUACAUGAAUAACGUCCUCAAAUCUUUCGGUAUAUCUACGCCUAUAAUACCUAGGAGAAAGGCUUCAGGGUUUUUUGGCGAAGGUUAAUUGAAACAUUUUUUUUAGCUCAUUGUAAAUCAUAUCCCAAAAUUCCUUUAUCUUUUUGCAUUUCCACCACAUAUGGUACAUAGUUUCUUCUAUUUCUUUGCAUUUCCGACACAAGUUAGAGCUGGUUCUGAAGUAUUAGCAGUUUCAAUCAUAUCAUUCAGGAAUAUCUGUUCAUUAUUAAUACAGGAUGGAAGUCUGGACUUACUUUCAAGACAUUCUCUUCCCAAGGAUACAAGAAUGUGCCACGGAAGCUUGGCUUGCUUACUCCAGACCUCUGCCAUCAAGCCACAACCAGCUAUUAUCUCUUUUUCUGAUGUGUUGUUGCAUUGCUGCAGCCAUUGGAGGACUCUUCUACAACUGGAUGUUUUUCUCACUGCAAUAUUCUUUCCAGUUCUCUGCCGCAGCUGCUUCAGCCAUUAGUUUUCUGGCCCUGUUGACCCUCUUCUUGAUGCACCCUAUCCGUUGCAUGUUCACUAUAAUUGUGCCUACUUUAGGGACCAAGCAAGGGCGGAGGUUGCUCCUGUCUGCCACCUUCAUGAUUGUGGCUGUCAACAUAGUGCCAAACAUCAUGAGCAACAUCGAAACCAUCCUGCAGGUCAUCAAAUGCAUCUGCAAGAAUUCCUCUGAGAGCCUUCUGAACUCAACAGUUCUCUUGGGGAACGCUUCAUGGGACUUCAGUGAUGCUCUCAAACGGGUGACUGACAACAUGCCGGACAAAACAGGGAGAGCUAGGGAUGGCCAUGUCCGGUUUGAAACCCACAACAACAACAAUUUAUUGAGUCAGAGAAUUAUCAGUGCCAGCCAAGGGAUCAAGGAAGAUUUCUUGCAAGUUGAUGUGCUGGUCCAGAAGGUCAUACUGUUGGGUAACCGGGUGAUUGCUGGCUUCUUCCUCUUCUAUCUUAUAUUUGAGUCUGCUUGGUACCUAAAGAGCUACCUCACAGAUCUCCGUUUUGACAAUGUUUACAUCACCAAAAAGCUAGAAGAUUUGGCUCGGGAGAACAAAGCAACUCACUUGCUAGUUUGUUCACCAAAGAAACUGAUCAAGUCCACAGGAUUCAAGCUAUCCCGAGAGGAACUCCUUUCUUGUGUAAUGCACAUUUUUCUUCUUACCUUAGUGCUCAUGUUGACACUAGUGAUCAUAGCAACGGACUAUAUCGCCUUCCAUUUGGCACAAGCGGCUGUGACCGAAGUCGCCCAGUUCCCUGUUGUGCCAAUAGUCAUCUCCAUAAAAUAUGAGGUGAGUAUGGAAGCCUCUACCUUGGCAUUUUCAAGCGAAAGGAUGCAAGAUGCCGAUGCAAAUCAAGAUUUUGCUUAA